CCCUGAGCGCUCCAUGCCUGCGGGCGCGGGGAGGCGUGGCCUCCCUCCGGGCCGCCACCUCUGCUGGCUGCUCUGCGCUGUCACCUUAAGGCUCUGUCUAGCUGAGGCUCCUCUGCGGGAGGAGAAGCUGUCAGUGAGCACCUCAGAUUCACCAUGCUGGUUGAUGGAAGAGUUUGUGGUAGCGGAAGAAUGCUCUCCGUGUUCUAGUUUCCAGACUAAAACCACCCCUGAGUGUGGUUCCACAGGCUAUGUGGAGAAAAUCACAUGCAGCUCAUCUAAGAAGAAUGAAUUCAAGAGCUGCCGAUCAGCUCUGAUGGAACAACACUUAUUCUGGAAAUUUGAAGGGGUUGUUGUGGGUGUGGCCUUGGUCUUCGCUUGCCUAGUCAUCAUUCGUCAACGACAGCUGGAUAGAAAGGCUCUGGAGAAGGUCCGGAAGCAAAUUGAGUCCAUAUAGCUACCUUUUAUAUGGGUCUUAGAGACCCCCCACCUCAGAGAAAGUGGAAUGAACUGACUUGUGCCCCUGGUUCUUUAGAUCCUCAUGGUGGCACUCCCUUUCUUUGACUAGAUCAUUAAUGAGCGGAA